AUGUCUGAGGGACGCCACGAAAGAAGGCCCUCGGUUGGAGCGCCGGUCUCGGAUCUCCAAGGCCCGAUUGGACCUGGCUUCAGUCGGCCUAAGCACAAGCGCAAUUACACUGGCUUUGGAAAGGCGGAGAUUAAGAGCGUUGAAGCCAGUAUCCCUGAAGCUUUGAGGGAGGCUCUGCCUCUGGCUUUACCAACAAAGAUGACUUCGAAGGCUGCGUAUUACGGAACCGCUUUGGCUUUUCGAGACCGGUUGAUCAUCGAAUGGAACAAAACCCAGCAGAGACAAACCCUAAACGACCAGAAACGAGUCUACUACUUGUCCCUUGAGUUCCUGAUGGGCAGAGCGCUCGAUAAUGCGAUGCUCAAUGUAGGCAUGAAGGACGUUGCGAAAGAGGGUCUAGGCGAUCUCGGUUUCCGUGUUGAGGAUGUAAUCAGCCAGGAGCAUGAUGCUGCCCUUGGUAAUGGUGGGUUGGGACGUCUAGCAGCAUGCCUACUUGACAGUCUUGCAACGCUCAAUUACCCUGCUUGGGGUUAUGGGCUCCGAUACCGAUACGGAAUCUUCAAGCAGGAGAUCGUGGACGGCUACCAGGUUGAAAUUCCUGAUUACUGGCUUGACUUCAAUCCUUGGGAGUUCCCCCGUCAUGAUAUUGCUGUCGACAUCCAAUUCUACGGCUGGGUGAAAACUUACCAGGAUGAAAACGGAAAGACCGUACACUCCUGGCAGGACGGUGAGACGGUACAAGCCGUGGCGUACGAUGUUCCCGUCCCCGGAUAUGGGACUCGUACGACGAACAAUCUGCGUUUAUGGUCGAGCAAAGCAGCUAGCGGCGAGUUUGACUUCCAAAAGUUCAAUGCCGGUGAUUACGAGAGUGCAGUGGCAGAUCAGCAACGCGCCGAAACGAUUUCAGCUGUCCUGUACCCCAACGAUAACCUAGAUAGGGGCAAAGAGCUUCGGUUGAAGCAGCAGUACUUUUGGUGCGCUGCUUCCCUGUAUGACAUUGUAAGAAGGUUCAAAAAGACAGGUCGAGCCUGGAGCGAGUUCUCGGACCAGGUUGCCAUCCAGCUCAACGAUACCCACCCAACGCUGGCAAUAGUUGAGCUGCAUCGCAUUCUCAUCGACAAGGAAGGCCUCGAUUGGGACGAGUCCUGGGAAAUCGUGACCAACACUUUCGGCUACACCAACCAUACCGUCCUGCCGGAAGCCCUGGAGAAGUGGUCGGUUCCUCUCUUGCAAAACCUCCUUCCACGACACUUGCAACUCAUCUUCGAGAUCAACCUAUACUUCUUGCAGUUCGUGGAGAAAAAGUUUCCCAAUGACCGCGAGAUCCUCUCGAGAGUUUCCAUAAUCGAGGAAUCACACCCCAAGAUGGUCAGGAUGGCUCAUAUAGCAGUCAUUGGCUCUCACAAAGUCAACGGUGUCGCCGAAUUGCACUCGGACCUAAUCCAGUCUACCAUCUUCAGAGACUUCGUGGAAAUCUAUGGCCCGGACAAGUUUAUGAAUGUCACCAACGGUGUCACUCCUCGCCGCUGGCUUCACCAAGCGAACCCCAGGCUGUCUGACCUGAUCGCCUCCAAGCUUGGAGGGUAUGAUUUCCUAACCGACUUGACCCUUCUAGAUCAACUAGAAGCCUACGCAGAUGACAAGGCGUUCCAGCAGGAAUGGGUGGAAAUUAAGACGUCGAACAAACUGCGGCUGGCCAAGCACAUCAAAGAAACCACCGGAUACAGCGUGAACCCUAACUCCUUGUUCGACGUUCAGGUAAAACGUAUCCACGAGUACAAACGCCAGCAGCUAAACAUCUUCGGGGUCAUUCACCGCUACCUCAAGAUCAAGUCCAUGUCUGCUGAGGAGAAGAAGAAAGUCCAGCCCCGAGUCUCCAUAUUUGGUGGUAAAGCAGCGCCUGGUUACUGGAUGGCUAAAACAAUCAUCCAUCUCAUCAAUGAGGUCUCGUCUGUCGUCAACAACGACGCGGAUGUGGGCGAUCUUCUGAAAGUUAUCUUCGUCGAAGACUAUAACGUCAGCAAAGCAGAGAUCAUUUGCCCUGCCUCCGACAUCAGUGAGCACAUCUCCACAGCUGGUACCGAGGCAAGCGGAACCAGCAACAUGAAGUUCGUUCUCAACGGUGGUCUUAUUAUUGGAACCUGCGAUGGUGCUAAUAUCGAAAUUACCCGCGAGAUCGGCGAGCAAAACAUCUUCCUCUUUGGAAACCUCGCCGAAGACGUCGAAGAGAUCCGGCACAAGCACAUGUACGGCGCCUUCACUCUCGACUCGCACCUAGCCGGCGUUUUCGACGCCAUCCGAUCCGGCACAUUUGGGGAGCCUUCGCAUUUCUCUGCCUUACUCGCCUCCAUUGCGGAGCAUGGCGACUACUACCUUGUCUCGGACGACUUCAACUCGUACAUUACCACACAGGAGAUGGUUGACGAGGCAUACAAGGAUCGUGACGAGUGGGUGAACAAGAGCAUCACUAGCGUUGCUAGGAUGGGAUUCUUUUCGACAGAUCGUGUGGUUAAUGAGUAUGCGGAGAGUAUCUGGAACGUGGAGCCGUUGGCUGUCAAAGACUAUUAA